UCUUAUUUAGCUUCCCCCUGGGUAGAUAAUAGUCGAACUCCAAACAAAAUAGAUCUAUAUGAUGUUCGCAGAAGACCAUGGUAUAUCCAAGGAGCUGCAUCUCCCAAAGACAUGCUUAUUUUAGUUGACGCGAGCGGGAGUGUCAGUGGAUUGACGCUGAAGCUGAUCCGCACGUCAGUCAUUGAGAUGUUAGAGACCUUGUCUGAUGAUGACUUUGUGAAUGUAGUUUCAUUUAACAAUAAUGCUCAGAAUGUCAGUUGCUUUAAUCAUCUUGUCCAAGCUAACGUGAGGAACAAGAAGAAGCUGAAGGAAGCUGUGGAUAAAAUCUCUGCUAAAGGGAUUACUGAUUACAAAAAAGGCUUUAGCUACGCUUUUGAACAGCUGCUGAAUCACAGUGUUUCUAGAGCUAACUGCAAUAAGAUUAUAAUGUUGUUUACGGAUGGCGGUGAAGAAAGAGCGCAAGAAAUAUUCCAUAAAUAUAAUGAAGACAAAAAGUAAGUGAUAUAUCAAAGAU